GAGUAAUUCUAAUUUUCAUCCGUGUGUGGGGUAGCAGUGUUCCGUGCAUCUUCACUCUUCGUCUCUGCCUGCCAGGAUCUAAGACGUAUCGUCUCAUCCGUGUCUUAAUUUUCGCUCGUUCUUGGACUUCAAGAAAAACAUCCCGUGUCACCAUGGCUAACCUGAAUAAGCAGAAAUAUGAUACCGAUGAGGAUUUUCCCAUCGCGGAAGGUAACCAAACCUUCAUGGCUAAGAACCUCACCAAGGAGAUGUACAGAAAGUUGAGGGAUGUUCACACCCCCAGUGGAUUCACAAUCGACCUCUGCAUCCAGAAUGGCGUUGAUAACCCAGAUUUCACUCUGGGAAUCCUGGCCGGAGACGAAGAGACCUACACGACUUUUUCUGAUCUCCUGGAUCCUUGCAUUUCCGACUACCACAAUGGAUUCUCCAAGGAUCAGGACCACGUGACUGACAUGGACGUGAGCAAGAUCAAAGAUGACAUCUUGGACGAAUACGUCGUCAGUUCCAGGAUCCGUACUGGUCGCAAUCUCAAGGGGUUCUGUCUCAGCCCUUUCAUCUGCCGUGCUGAGAGGAGAAAGGUGGAGUCCCUUGUAUCUUCUGCCUUGGCCUCACUUGACGGAGAGCUGAAGGGCACCUACUACAAACUACCUACUAUGUCUGAAGCCGACAAGAAACAGCUCAUUGAUGACCAUUUCCUCUUUGAGAAACCAAUUUCCCGCCAUUUCACAUCAGGUGGUAUGGCACGUGACUUCCCCGACGGUCGUGGAAUAUGGCACAACGAGAAGAAGAACUUCCUUGUGUGGGUUGGUGAAGAAGAUCAUACCCGUAUCAUCUCAAUGGAGAUGGGAGGUAACAUGAAGAGAGUCUUCACACGAUGGGCCAACGGUCUCGAUCAGGUGGAGAAACACAUAAAGAAAAAUGGUUCUGAGUUCAUGGCGAGCAAGCAUCUUGGCUUCAUCCUGACCUGUCCUAGCAACCUGGGUACCGGUGUCCGCUGCAGUGUGCACGUCAAGAUUCCCAAGCUAGCUGCCAUUGAUAAAGAAGCCAAGCUCAAGGAGAUCUGCAAGAAACUCAGGCUCCAGGAGCGUGGAACAUCUGGAGAGUUGACCGAUGCUGUUGGAGGCGUGUACGAUGUCUCUAACCUUGAUCGUCUCGGAUCAUCCGAAGUCGAACAAGUCAACCGCGUCAUCGACGGUGUCAACCUCAUCAUCCAGAUGGAGAAGCGACUUGAGAAGGGCGAAUCCAUCGACGAUCUCAUUCCAGCAUAGAUUCUUAACCGACUAACAUCCCCAAGCUAUUCAGCCAAACUUGCAAACACCUUUGCAUUAGAUUUGAAUAGCCUAACGAUAUAGAUAGGAUAUCAAUUUGAUUCAGUCAUUGAAAACAUAGGAGUAUAUUUCUAUAUACUAUAUAGCAAAAUGAUUUCAGCUUUGUCAAUUUCAAAGCAAUUGCAUAAAUAUUUAUUCCAGAACUUUGUUAUUUCUCACUCUGUUGUGAAGUAGCUUACCAAUACCACGAAAACCAGUAAGGCAAUGAGAUCAUGAUGCGUGUUUUGUUUCAUUUUGGUAAUGGGUCAAACUUUAGCACAUUAAUGUAUAGCACGUAAAUAAAAUCAAUCAAGACUAGGACAUCCUGCGCAGGGAAGACGAACAUGCCAGGCAGGCAGGCUACUGUAAAAUGUUCUAAUAAAAGUCUUAAAGGUUUCAAGAGAAUUAAGAACCAGCCUUUCAAUCAAGGAAUGUAUCUGAUUGGAAACAUGGGAUUCGACGCUUGAUGUCGGUGUUUAUCUUAAUUCACUUUCAACUCGGUUUCACAUUUCUUCGUCAUUAAUUUCAUAACAUCAAAUGAACCUUGUAGAUAGUGGGGUUCCUCCCAUUGAAGCCUCUUUGGAAACAGGGUUCUUUGCUAGUAUAUUAAUUGUUGGAACUGUGGAGCAAGUGUGUUUGCUGUUUUGUUUUGGUAGAUUGUAGAUCACUCCUUUGUUUCUUUUGAUUUAAUAUUGCAUAUAAGUUUAAAGGUGAACACAAAAUAUUUCAUUUCGGUUUAAUGAAGAGAAAUAGAUUUUCCGAAAAAACUUGAUAACUCCUCAAAUGUCGCUAUAGCUUGAAAAGUUAACGUAGAUAACGAAGUUAUUGAUAUGAUUAUUUUGCACAAAGUGCAAAGUAAAGAUAUUUAUAUUACACCAAAUCUUAUAUACAUCUUUCACCAAAUCUUAAACUAAUAGUGACUUAUAUUCCAGUCUCAUUAUAGUUUUCCUUGUGGAUAUUGUGAAAUAAAAAAUAUAUUAAUAGUUACUGUGAAACAAA